AUGGAAGGUGAAUCUUCAAGUAGUUUGCAGUUGAUAGAAGAAAAUGUUGUGAUUGAAAUGAUGAAUGUAGUUGAUGUAGACAAGCCUAAGGUUGGGAUGAUGUUCGAAAGUUAUAAACAGUUGCUUGAGUAUUACACAGGUUAUGGCAAGUCAAAGUCCACUUCCAAAAAUCCAUUGAAGCCACAUCCAAGCAUAAAAGUAGGUUGUAAGGCUAAGGAUUGCCAACCAAGUGAAAGUGAUGCCAUUGGGCUUGUUGAUGGUCAACCCACGAGUGAAGCGAUUGAUGUACGUGGAACACAAGAAAUUAUUGGGAUGAUAGAUUUACGGAUUACACAAACGGUUAAUGUUGGCAUAAGUGAUGGUCAAUACUCCUCUUUGCAAUUUUAUAAUAACACUAUGGCCUUGCUAUGGCGGGUUACUCAAAGAGGUCUUGGAAAUCAUUUCAUGGGUAUGCACCCUGUGCCUCAUUCUAGCUCCAUGCUUUGUUCUAGCUCUAAAGAAAUGGUAGACAUUUUGGAGUUGCCAAUUACGUAUUCAACGUCAACGUCUACUGGCAA